AUGUUACAGAAUGUUGUCCAAAGAACGGUCCACAUCGGCUCCUCUCCCUCCUCCUGCGUGCUGGUGCAGGCUUUCUGUCCGGGAGGUUCAGGGUCUCUCCAGCCCAGCCUGUGUUCCUCACAAGGGGAUGAGAGCAGUGUGACCCACUCCAGGCAGGCAAGAGCCGAGGCACGUGCCUUGGUGUUCGCUGCGAGUACGGUGUCCCCCCUGUGUCUCGCCGUGUGGCAGCUCAUCUCCCUGAUCGAGAACAACUCCGUGGUCAUCAUCCGCGGCGCGACGGGGAGUGGCAAGACCACGCAGCUGCCCCAGUUCAUCCUGGAUUACUACUACGAGCAGAACGUGCCCUGCCGCCUGGUGGUCACCCAGCCCCGCAAGAUCGGCGCCACCAGCAUCGCCCGCUGGGUGGCCCGCGAGCGCAAGUGCAUCCUGGGCAGCAUGGUGGGGUAUCAGGUGGGGCUGGACAAAGUGGCCACCGAGCACACGCGGCUCAUUUACAUGACCACUGGGGUCCUCCUGCAGAAGCUUGUGAACGCCAAGACGCUGACGGAGUUCUCCCACAUCUUCAUCGACGAGGUGCACGAGCGCACAGAGGAGCUGGACUUCCUGCUGCUGGUUGUGCGCAAGCUUCUGUACUCCAACUCGCGCUACGUGAAGGUCAUCCUUAUGUCCGCCACUAUUAACUGUAAGGAGUUUGCGGAGUACUUCAGCUCUCCCAUUCGCAGCCUGAUGAGCCCAGCCUACGUGUUUGAGGUGGAGGGUGUAGCCUACACUGUCGAAGACUUCUACCUGGACGACUUGAGGCACCUUGUAACCUUCAAAGUGGAGCAGCCCCAGGAUCCCUACAUCAGCGAGCAGAUGUACAGCGUGGCAGUCGGCCUCAUCCAGAGCUUCGACGACCUGGAGGCCAGGGAGAAGAGAGCUGAAAAGCAGGAGGGCUCUCCAGCCGUGCCCGAGCGAGGCAGCGUCCUGGUGUUCCUGCCAGGUUUGUCGGAAAUAAACAGCAUGCAGGACGCCCUAGCUAAGCUGGUGCGGAAGAGGCUGCAGGUGUAUCCCCUGCACUCCUCCGUCACUCUGGAGGAGCAGAACGGCAUCUUCCUGGCGCCGGUGCCCGGAUACAGGAAGGUCAUCCUUUCCACCAACAUAGCCGAGAGCUCUGUAACGGUUCCAGAUGUUAAAUAUGUGAUCGACUUCUGCCUGGUGAAACACCUGGUUUGCGAUAAAGAAACCAAUUUCCAGUCCUUGCGCCUCACUUGGGCUUCCAAGACCAACUGCAACCAGAGACGAGGGCGCGCUGGGCGAGUCUCCAAGGGCUUCUGCUAUCGGCUGGUGACCAGGGAGUUCUGGAGGAGCGAGAUCCCGGACUUCGUGGUUCCCGAAAUGCUGCGCUCCCCCCUGGCCAACACCCUGCUGAAGGUAAAGCUGCUGGACAUGGGGGACCCCCGCUCCGUGUUGAGCACUGCCCUGUCCCCCCCGAAACUGGCCAACAUCCAGCGGACCGUCCUGCAGCUCAAGGAGCUGGGUGCUCUGUCGGUGAUGCGGGACAGGCAGGGAGCGAACAGCUGUGAUGGGGAGCUCACCUUCCUGGGCCGGGUCCUCGCUCACCUGCCCGUCGACCUGCACCUGGGGAAGAUGAUUGUGCUGAGCCACGUGUUCGGGUGUCUGGAGGACUGCCUGAUCAUAGCUGCUGCUCUGUCUCUGAAGAGCUUCUUUGCCAUGCCUUUCCUGCAGCGCCUGGUUGGGUACCGGAGCAAGAUGUCAUUCUCCGGCAGCACAAUGAGCGACUCCAUCACCCUGCUCAACGCGUUUAAGGCUUGGAAAGAAUCCAGAAACAAAGGAAAAUUCAAGAAUGGAAGGGACGAGCUGGAGUGGGGCAAGGAGAACUGCGUGCAGAUCAAGAGGAUUCGGGAGGUGGCCGAGCUGUACGAGGAUCUGAAGAAACGCGUUUCCCAGUUCAACAUGCACGUCGGCAGCGCGCCCCCGCCCUCCGACCCCGAGAACGCCUUCGUGCACACCUUCAUCUUGCAGAUUGUGAUUGCUGGAGCUUUCUACCCCAACUAUUUCACCGUGGUGGCGAUCGAUGAAGAACUGGCCUCCAAAGAACUGUCUGGAAAUGAUCCCAGAACCACCGUGCUGCUGAGGAAUAUGCCCCCCUAUGGGUUCCUGUACUCCAAGCAGCUGCAGUCCCUGUUCCGCCAGUGUGGCCAGGUGAAGGCCAUGUCGUUUGAGGGCUCCAGGGCCUACGUGGAGUUCUCCCGGGGCGGCGCCAGGACCGCGCAGGUGCUGCCGGAGGUGACGCUGGCGCUGCGGAUGGCGAACCUGCGCGUGCCCCUGGAGCUCUCCGUCCACCCCAUCGAGGAGGUGGAGGCCCGGUUCGCCCACAGGGCCGUCUCGGCCCUGCGCUCCUGCAGGGUGAAUGUGGAUUUGAAGAAAAACACUGCGUUUCCUGUGGACAUGCUGAGCAAUCCCGUUGACCUGGAUCAGUUACCUCCCCAUCCAGACUUCAUUGUCAGCAUCACAGAGGUGGUAGAUGUCGGGCAUUUCUGGGGAUUCAGAGCAGACGAGAGCAGCUUGGAGAAGCAGCACAGGCUGACGCGAGCAAUCAAUUGCCAGGAGCUGCAGCCUCUGUCCACCUCCCUCUAUCCCAGCAUGCUCUGCCUGGCCCCCUUCGCGGAAGACCAGUCCAAGGAAGGCCAGUACUACAGGGCCAAGGUCCUGCAAGCGGCUGGCAGCAGUGUGGAGGUGUUCUUCGUCGAUUACGGCAACACCACGAAAGUGAACGCCGAUCGUCUGAGGGAACUCCCUGAGGACUUGCAGGCGCUCCCAUUUCAGGCCCAGGAGUUUCAGGUCUGCAGGCUGCGGCCCUCGGCCCGGUCCGUGGUCCUGGGGGGGCGGUGGAGCAGCGGGGCACGGAGGCGCUUCAGUGCGCUGGCCGGCCAGCAGACCCUCAUGGCCUCGCUCUUCUCCGUCCUGCACGGCGUGAUGCGCGUCGAGCUCUUCGCGAACUCCCACGCGGGCAGCGCCGGCGUGGCCGAGGUCCUGCUGGAGGAGGGCCACGCCGAGAGGGCGGAGGAGAGCCUGGAGUCCCAGCACAGCCACGAGAUCCUGAUGUCUCUGUACAAGGACCUGGAAGAAGGGACGUUCCUUCCCAAUUCCACUGGCAGUGCCUGGAAGAGCAGGAAAGAGGAAGAGAAGCAGCUGAUCGACAGCCUGCUGGAGACGUUCUCAAAGGCUCCGUCUUCUUGUGUUAAGUACAAGGUGCCAGUGCAUGGACCCUCCAGCCCACACAAGCUCACCUUCCACCCCAUGAGCAGCAUCACCCACUACAAGUCCGUGCUGAUCGAGAAGGACAGCGUGAACUCGGCUGCCGUGAACGACGCUCCCCAGAUCAAACACCAGAGGCUGCUGGUCGCAGCUUUCGUGACCAUCAACGCCUCCGGCUCCUGUGUCCUGCUGAAGGAGACCACCCUGCUGCCCAGCGUCCGCGGCCUGCCCGCCCUGCUCUGCAUGCUGUUCACGCCCGCGAUGGAGCUGCGGACCAACGACGAGAGGACCUGCUUUACCGGCGCCCUCUGCGGGCUGGGCUGGAAUAGAGCGACGCAGGCCGCCGUCCUGCCCGAGCACGACAUCGAGCUGGCCUUCGACGUGAAGUUCGACGUGGAGGACGUCACCGAGAUCAACGCCCUGCGCAGUGCCGUCAACAAGCUGGUGUGCGAGGGGCCGAACGGGACACUGCACCUGGGCGAGGAGCGGGUGGCCCAGCUCCGGGAGAACGCCCGCCAGCAGCUGGUCAGGCUGUUCGCCAAGUCCCCCAGCAGAGAGGACCUCGCACCACAGUACUAUGAGAAACCCUACAAGUGGAACCAGGUGGACCCCAGUCAGAAGAUGGAGCUGUUGCAGAAGGACAGGGAGGGAAAGACCAGAGGCAUCGUGUACCAGCUGCACCCCAUCAGACUGCUCAAUGUGUGAGGACUGCAGGAUCGCGAUCACCUAUUUUAUAUCGAUUUCAAGGUUGAGUUUGGUUUUUUUUUUAGCUUGUUAAAGCCUAAAGGAUGUGACAGUUUCAGCUUGAUGACCAUUUGUUUUUGUAUUUUAUUGUACAUUCCCAUCCUGGGUGCAGGAUGUCAUUCCUACCAGCAGAGGGUAGUCUUGGUUUGAAAACUCGGAACAGUUGAAUGUCUUCAGUUUUGGCUCUCUAGCAAAGUACAUGUGAUUGUGUUACUAUUUCUUAAAGAUCGUCGGAUUACUAAUAAAUGUACUGGAGAAAUUUGCAAGAAGUUCAUCUCUUCUGACUUUAGAACUGAAUAAGUUCAUAUUUCCGUCAAUUCUAGGUUUG